GGAAAGGUGCAGGUCUUCCUUUGCAAGAACCACAAGAUACCCAGAUCCAGUUGUGCAUAGCCAAUGGCCAUGGCCCCAAAAGAUGCUCAUCUACAGCUCCCACGAGAUUGCUGGUCUCAGCAAAAAGCUUGAGUCAGGCUUCCUAAAUGCAAACCUCUUUGAGUUAGGUAGAAUGAAGCAGCCAGAUUCCACCAAGGAAGGGGUACAGAAGUGAGAGUUGUUGGGCAGUCGCCCCUUAAGCGCUGUGAGCCCAGCACGUGAGUUCACAGUUUCAGCAGAAAGAUGCAGCCUGCCAGAACUGAUCAACAGUGACCAGAGCAUUUGUUGGAGCCUUCCAGCCCAGAAGUGCCUUUGGGUCAUGACUGAUGCCUGCCAGAGGAAAGCCCUCUUCUCUCUAAGUGCUCAGCAUACUGCUGGGAUGAGACAGCUGAUUUCCCAAUUCAGGACAGUGACACCCCUCUCCCACAUGAUCCUUGUUCCCCCCAGUCUUUCCAUAUAGUACUGACUCAUUCCAUAUGGAGCUGACUCAUUUCUCUUGGCAGCGUAUAAUUGCACCAAGCCUCUGCACUUCAGCAAGAACCAAGGGAGUCUGACAGCGGGGUUGCUCCUGGGCUCCACAUACCUGCUUUGUCCACUCACAACAGGAAUCUACAGCACCUGUUGACCCAAAUUGCCAUAUGAAGCCCAUUUUUUGAGUCCUGGCUGCCUGGUGCUGACAGCUUUGGUGUCUUCCUGUGGGUGUCCCAGCAGCUGCCUCCAGCAUCCACAGUGGGAGUAACAGGGCACCAGAACAUGGGGAGCCUACGGACAGGACAGGGACACAUCUCAUCAUCCAGAGUGCGUGACAACGCCUAUUGUGAAGAUUUCCUGUUCCCAAAGUUGCAGAGGAUCGUGAUAGAGCAAUGGUGCAUAUACUCCAAACCAGUCCCAGCAGACAGCCGGGAGCUGUGGGCCCUAUUUCUGCAGUGCUCCUGCAUCACCGUGCUGCUUGGAGGCCUCUUCUACAACUGGCUCCUUGCGUCCCUGGAGUACCCCCAGCACAUCUCCAUUGCGAUGGCCAUCACCUUCAGCCUGCUUCUCCUCCUUGCCCUGUUCUUGCUGCACCCUGUGCGCUGUGCCUUCAGCAUCAUCAUGCCAACGCUGGGCACCAAGCAGGGCCGGAAGCUCCUCUUGUCAGCCUGCAUCAUGAUAGCAGUAGUUAACAUCAUCCCCAACAUCAUCAGCAACAUCAAGACCUUACUGCAGGUCAUCCUAUGCAUCUCCAAGAAUUCCUCUGAAAGCUUUUUGAACUCCACUGGUCUGCUGAAGAACGCUUCCUGGAAGCUGGCGGAUGAAAUCCAAACUUGCGCUAUUUUGAAGCCCAUGGAUGGACAUUUUCAGUUUUCAGUGGUGAAGAACAACUCCUGGAUUAAGCAGGUGCACCUCACUGGUGAGAAAGCCAGGAAGGAUUUUUUGGCUGUCGAGGUGUUGGUCAAAGAUUGUGUGCGAGCAGGCAACAAACUGGUCGCUGCCUUCUCCGUGCUCUACCUCUGCUUUGAGUCUGUCUGGUACUUGAAGAAUUACCUCACCAACCUCCGCUUCGACAACAUUUACAUCACCAAGAAGCUGCAGCGUUUGGCUGAGGACAGAGGAGCCUCCCACUUGCUGGUGGGCUCAGCCCAACGCCUCAUCCGCCCCACGGGCCUCAGGCUGUCCCGUGAGGAGCUGAUGCUGUGUCUGGCGCAGGCGCUGCGCCUCUCGGUGGCCCUGCUGCUGCUGCUGGUGGUGGUGGCCUUGGAGCACCUCGUCUUUGGCGUAGCGGACGUGGCAGUGAGGAGGAUGGCUCAGCUGUCCACAGUGCCCGUCACGCUCAGCAUCAAAUACCAGGCUGGAAUAGACUUCUUCAAAAUCUCAUCUUCUGUGAAGAAUGUUGAUAGGAGCUACCACCACUCCCUGACCUUCAGUUCUACCAGCUGCAGGAUCAGCCCCCCGAUACCUCCCAACCCCUCUGUGCUGCUGGUUGUGGGACUGCUCUUCUGUAUUAUCUAUGCCACCAUUUUUCUGGAGACCUACGCACGCCGCCUGUGCAGGAAAAUUGCUGCUUCCUUCUUUGAGAGCCAGGAGGACGAGCGGGCACGUUACCUCUAUGGCAAGCUGUCCCGGAAGCACAGGGAGACAACACGGCUGAGAAAUGAAGGACAACUUUGGACAUGCAGGGAAUGACAAAGAGCUCGUGGCAAUAACUGGAUAUGCAAAGAGAUCACAGAAUUCACUCUCCAGAGAAGUGGUUGGAGUCUGGGAACAAUAUUUGCCAGAUAAAGAGAGAAAAAGGCCAGAAGUGGUAUUUUGCAUUAAUCUGAGAAAAAUGAGCUACAUUCACUUUCUUUUCUUAAUUCAAUCUAGAACUCAUCCAGGAAUGUUGGGAAAAGGAACCCAAGAUAGCUCCUAUGACUGUGAGUGUGUUGGCAGCAUUAUGCAAGGCUAAGUGUGCGUGGGAGAUGGGUGGAGGAAGUGCUCCUUCACCUCCCACGUCACUGCUGGAGGAAGUGCACCCUUCAUCGAUUUAUAUAAUCUUUAGGUUGGAAAGAAAAGACCUAUGAGAUCAUCUCAUCCAACCACUUCCUUUCUCCCUGAAGCGAUCACUAGAGGAAGCAAGCAAAAAACCCCAAAACAUUAGAGUUGAAGAAAAAUCAAUUAUAGAAUCACAGAAUCACUAAUGUUGGAAAGAUCACAACAACCAUCCAUUCCAACCAUCGGCCCGUGCUGUGACUGCCAUAGACUGUGUCAUUCAGUGCCACAUCUACACUUCUCUUGAAAAUCUCCAGGAGCAUUGAUUGAUUUAUUAUUAUUUACUUAUUAUUAAGAAUAUGUAUCAUUUAUGAUAUAAAGUGUUGUUUUAACCUGCUGAAAUAAAUUCAAGACUGUAUGACAACGAGAAGCACCUCCUGGGCAUGGGAGGGAGUAGGAAUCAGUGCGUGAGGACUUGCUGAAAUCUCUUCACCGGGGCUCUCCAGAAUAACAGAUAGAGCAGCUGGAGGACUACAAAAGAGGAGGAGGGCAGCCAAGAAAAGGUCAGCUCAGGCCAAUAUGCAGGAGGAUAUAGAAGUGGUGGAGUGAAACCUGACAUUGGAGCCAGAGCUCUGCAGGGAGCAGAAUGGGACAGGACGUGGAAGGCUGGGCUUUGCUAAAGCAAUAGCUAGUUUUAUGUGUUGGGUUGCUUCAAACUCAGAAAUGGUGAUAUUGUAACUAAUAUGCAAAAAUCCAUCAUUGAAGCAUAUCUUUUGAAAGAGGCAGAUCAGAACCUAGAUAAGAACAAGAGCCCAGAGGAGAGGGAGCUAAACCAGUGCCAUUUUCAAAACAAAGCAACUUUGCAGCUUCAUUUCUUCAAAGCACAUCUAUUAUUUCCCUCUCUUUUCCCAUUAGAGUCUUCAUUAAGAUAAUUAUUUGGUAUAAUGCACCUCAAAGAGAUUAAAUUACAGAAGUGAAGUGGCAGCUGCAGAUGCACAAAGUCCUAUCAGCUUCUGAGAAGCUUGAAACAAAGUAGAUCUGGAUUAUUUUUUGAGCAUCAAUUUAACAAAACCCCGGUAUAUUUAUCUCCCCAGGUUUCUUAAUUCCCUGCUGCUAAGGUGAUUAAUACUAGCACCUUUCCCCCUCUGCAGCAGCUAGGCUGCUUUGCCAGAGAAUUAUAGAAUUGUUGAGGUUGGAAAGACCUCUAAGGUCACCAAGUCCAACCCCAACCCAUCCCACCAUGC